AUGCUCCAAGAAUUCCGACAAAUUUAGAAAUAGUUUCUUUGGUAAAAUUUUCAGGAAACUAAAUUGCUUUAAUAAGAAUAAUAGAACUACAUUAAUUUGAAGCUAUUUUGCUCUGUUAUUUUAUUCAAAUUUAAUAAUUUGAAUACAUAUAAAAAAUUAAAUCAAAAAUAAUUUGCAAAGAUCAUGGUUUAUAAUUGGGAUCUAAUAAGACAGAAUUAAGACAUUCAGAUACGUUACAUCAAAUUUGAUAGGAUAUUGAAUGACCAUAAUAAAAGUCUUUUUUAAUAUAUAAAAGUAUAUCACAUUGAAACUAAAAUUGAAAAUUUAUAUUAUUUAAAGGAGAUAGUUUUAGCGAUUUAAAUUUAUUUAAGCAUACGGAUUUUAUAAAUUACAUGUAAUCUAGACAAUAAAUUUUUCCACACGGUAAAAAUAAUUUAGAAGACUUUAACAUCAACGUGGAAGAAUUGCAAUCAAAUAUUUAGGAUAAGUUUCUUAAUUAUUAUGUUAACACAAAUAAAAUCAUGGUUUUAUUAAACUUUUAUAUAAUACUGA